AUGGAGAUACCCAAACUCGCAUCAAGUCUCGAGCAGAUUGAGGCCUUUGAUGAUGUUCCAGAUGACUUUGUGCUUCCAGAAGGGAGUGUCAAGAAGGGAGAAAAGUACUUCAAGAAGUACUGCUCGCAGUGUCACUCCAUCUAUCCCGACAACCGAAUGACCAGGGGUGGACAGACACAGCUUGGACCCACGAUGUUCAAUGUGUAUGGACGGGCAAGCGGCAUUGAGGAGAUCCAACAGAAGCUGGCAACUGAUCGAGUUGAACAAGUCUUGUGGCUUGAAGCCGCCUUGAUGAAUUACAUGAAGAACCCGAGAGUCAUGUCGGCAGGGCGGGUACAGAUGAACUUUGCUGGCAUCAAAGAUUUCCAGACCAGGGUGGACAUUGUUCACUACCUCAAGACCUUGGACUGGAACAAUGAUGAAAUCGCGCAUCCUCCCGAAAAGCCUGCGAGCUUCGCGCCUUUGCGUUGGAUGAGCAAGUCAUAGUGAUGCUGUCAUCACGGGCGAGGUGGGGACGGCUGAUGGUGCGGUCAGGUGGUCGCCUGUGGGGCUCUCAUAAUGACUCGUCAUUGAGCCCUUGUUUUAUUGGCCAAUUGAUAUCAUUUGAUAUCAUCGAUGAUUGAGUGUUGGCAUCAAGUGCUCUAGUUCACUGUUGGCUCAUUGAUUCUGAUUGCCAAGCAGAUAUCGAUGACACAAACCAAUCUCACAUGUUUGCUUCAAAAAGAACUUGUGUCAAGUUUUUGGUCUCUUAGCCGCUGCUGGACUGUUUCGGUGCAGUUUUUAAAGAGUCUUGGCACAGCUGCCAGCAAG